CUUCCUGCGCAUUCACCGCCAGACACGCUGCUAGUUUUAGCUCAUUGUUGGAGUUUCUGUCGAUAAAACUGUGCUGUUCUCAAAUCAGAAGUGCGCAGGAGUAACGAUGGUGAAGAUUUUCAUCGGAAAUCUCUCUCCCAACACUGACAAAGAUGAAAUCGAAGUUCUGUUCGCCAAGUACGGCACCGUGACGGAAUGUGCCAAGUACAAGAACUACGCGUUUGUCCACAUGGAGGACCGGAAGAGCGCCACCAAGGCCAUCCGGGAGCUCCAUCUCCACAAGCUGGAUGGUAGGCCGAUCAACGUGGAGCCCAGCAAAGGCAGGAACCAGGGUCCUGUGAAGCUCCACAUAUCUAAUGUUGAAAGCGGCUUUGACAGUGAGCUGCGGGCUCUGUUUCUGGAGUACGGUGAAGUCUUGGAGUGCGCGGUCAUCAAGAACUUUGCCUUUGUGCACAUGCCCAACCAUGAUGAGGCCAUGGACGCAAUGAAGGGUCUGGAUAACAAAGAGUUCAGGGGAAAACACAUUCACGUUCAGGUAUCGAAAAGCACACCAAGAAGGGGUCCUGAGGAGGAGGAGGAGGAGUAUCCACCUCCGCCAGGUGGUAGAAGCUAUUAUCCGCCUCCCUAUCCAGGUCCAAGACCCGAGCCCCCCUACAGAGGUCGCUUGUCUGCAUAUCCUCCUCUUCCUCCUCCUCCUCUGCCACCACCCCCUUCCCUAAGGCGACCACCUUAUAUUGACCGUGGCUACGGUGAAAGAGAUCCUUACAGUAUGGUGGAUUACUAUGAAAAGUACAGAGCCCGUCCUUACAGCGCCGCGAGCUACGAAGACAGGCGUUCCAUCCCCCCUCCCCCACCUCCUCCCCCGACUCUGGCUAGAGCACGACUCAGCGCGGGGUCUCUUGACCCGUAUGAAAGGAGGCCUAUCCCGCCACCACCUCCAUCUUAUGCGGUCAGGGACCGGAGUCCUAUCAGAAGAGUCCUGAUUUCUCCUCCUUCGUCGGCUGGUAACGGGUACUUCGAGCGCUCUCGACUGUCACCGGUGUCCAGGAUUCCGGUGUAUCCACCUCCCCGUGCCAGGGAUGCCUAUUCAGAGAGGGCACCGCCCCCACCACCACCACCACCUCCUCGCUAUGCAGGAUAUUAGACAGCAAGGUUUAAAAUAUGCCAACAUCGUCGUCGUCUGCUGACACACGUGGCGCUAUACACCCACCACAUCUAUGGCGGAUUGCGUUGCGUUCGCCUGAGACAUACUGGAAGAUUUUGCCCCCCUCCCCCCCUUGCCUAAAAACAUAACAAUUUCACCUCUGCAGUUCUCCAGGGGUGUUCAAAUGACUUUUUUUUUCCUUUCGCUUUUUUCACUGUUGACUCCAAGUGUUUUACAGAAUAGGUGUUCAGACUAUUGCAGUGUAGCCUUCUGUUUAUCACCAAAUACUCCACACACUCAUGUAAAAUCAUUAAAAACAAUUGGCCUACGGAAAAC